GUGGUAUAGAAAAACAUUUUCGUCAACAUGUAUUUGAAGAUUUUCAACAAGAAACUCUUUGUGAUCAUGAAGCUGGUAGUAAAACAGAUUACACAAAAAAAAAAGAAAAGUGUCAAUAACAAAAAUAAUUUUUCUAUUAGGUCAACUAUACGGUUUAGAAAAAUUCUGGACAUUUUUAAAAUAUUCUCGACAAAAACCAAAAAUCAAUCCAAAACUUGAAGAAAUUUUAAAAAACUAUAAAAAUCUUGAAGAUUUUCGUGUUGAUGGUGCAUCAUUUCCACAACAAUUUUUCCCCAACAAAAUCAAAUUAUAGUAAUUGAAAAACAUUUUGUUUUUUCUAUAAUAUAAACAAUUUCUUUAUAGACUGUUCCAGCACCCGAAGCAAUUGUUGCUGCAGUAGCAAAGAACAGUGAUACAUCAAAUUCAUUAAAACCCAAUGAAGAAUUUGGUGUUUUAGGAAGAAUUGGUAUUGGUUUAGCUAUUAUUGGUGGUGUGAUUAAUUGUACGCUUUAUAAUGAUAAAUAUGAAAAGAUUAAAAAAAACCUUGUUUUCUUUAAAUUUGAAUAUAUUCUAGUUGAUGAUGGUCAUCGAGAUGUUAUUUUUGAACAUUUUCAAGGUGUUAAACUAGAUGUUAUUGAAGAAGGAACUCAUUUUAUGAUUUCAUGGCUUCAUAGACCAAUUAUAUUUGAUAUUCGUACACGACUACGAUCUGUUCCAUCAAUAACAGAAAUAAAAGAUUUACAAACAAUUAAUAUAACAUUACGUAUUCUUUAUCGACCAAGAGCUGAACUUUUACCAAAAAUUUUUUGCAAAUUUGGUUUUAAAAUCUGUUGUACUAAGUCUCAAUUUGAUGCUAUUGAAUUGAUUACACAACGUACACUUAUUUCUCAACGUGUUAGUGAAUUAUUAACAGAACGUGCUGCUCAAUUUGGUUUAUUACUUAAUGAUAUUUUAAUUACACAUUUAAGUUUUAGACCUGAAUUUACAAGUGCUGUUGAAUUCAAACAAGUUGCACAACAAGAUGUUGAAAAACAACGAUUUUUAGUCGAAAAAACUGAACAAAGUCGUCGAGCAAAUGUUAUUGCAGCAGAAGGUGAUGUUCGUGCAGCUGAUUUGAUUGGCAAAGCUUUAGAUGAAGUUGGUGAUGGUUUGAUCGAACUUCGACGAAUUGAAGCCGCUGAAGGUAUUACAAAUCAAUUAUCAAAAUCAAGAAAUAGCGUCUAUUUACCACAUGGUCCUCAAAUGUUACUUAACAUUACUGGUGCUAUGCAAUAA